AAUCUCAAAAAGAUUUCAUUUUUCUCACUCUCUCUCUCUCUCUCUUGCUGAGAAGCUUUCUGUGAAGCACACCCUACCAAAAAUGGCAGCUGACGUGAGCUCUCUGGUUCGAGUUAUGAGUGGGUAUAAGGACGAUCAACAUGGGUCGAUGAGUACUGAUUCAACAUCUGAGAAAUCAACGGCUCUAAUCACUCGUGACCUACUUGGUGGUGGGUCUGCUUCUUCCUUUUCUCCUUCCAAGCUCGUAAACGAUACCCAAGAGCUUGACCUCGAUUUGCAGGUUCCUAAUGGCUGGGAAAAGCGCUUAGACUUGAAGUCAGGAAAAGUCUACCUACAAAGAUGUAGCAACCCAAGUUCAAAUUCAGCCACUCAUCAUCACAAGAACCAAACCAAUACAACAGUUCCAAAGCUUCAAGAUUUAAAUUUUCCAGUCUCACCAUCAUCAAAGACACCAUUGAACCUUUUUGAUGACACUAGUUUGGAAUUGAAAUUAGUCUCAUCAUCAUCACCAUCAAGUAAAAAUAACAACACUUCAUCAUCAACCUCACCAAACUACCAAAGUGUCUGUACUCUUGACAAAGUAAAAUCUGCCCUUGAAAGGGCUGAGAAGGAGCCUAUGAAGAGGCGCUCGUCGUCUUCGUUGUGGAAAUCUUCUUCGCCUUCGUACUCGUCCUCGUCGUCUUCGAUCAAAGAAGGUCAAGAAGAAGACAACAACGAUGACAACAACAACAACAAUAAGCUUUUCUCAUCCUCAUUUGCAGCAGGCUGCCCUGGUUGCCUAACUUAUGUUCUGAUAAUGAAAAACAACCCAAAAUGUCCAAGGUGCAACUCUGUUAUCCCCUUGCCCUUAAUGAAGAAACCUAGGAUUGACCUUAACAUGGCAAUUUGAGGGGGAGGGCUUUGUCAUAGAAAUUAAUUUAUUUAUGCUUUUGAUGAAAUUUUUGUAUAUGAUAGAAUCACAAGUAGAUGUUUCUCUUAAGGAAAAAAAAAAUAGAUUGGUUAGUCAUAGAAUGGUAUAUGUACAUUUUUUUCUUUCUUCUUAUUAUAAAACAAAAGGUUUAUUAUGUUUUCCAUUUCUAUAAAUUGAUUGGAGUUUCCUGGUAA